GUAUUCCACGUAACACCGGAAACGCGCCAGUGAACGAGAAAAGGCGGAAACGUCACUGCAAUAGGAAGGGAAGAUGGAUGCAUUAAAUAAACUCAAACAAUUCGAUGCCUAUCCAAAGACUUUAGAAGACUUUAGAAUCAAAACAUGCGGCGGAGCCACGGUUACGAUAAUCAGUGGGCUUAUUAUGCUGAUUUUGUUUGUCUCGGAGUUGCAGUAUUACCUUACCAAGGAGGUCCACCCUGAACUCUUUGUGGACACAUCAAGAGGGGACAAGCUAAAGAUUAACAUUGACGUUAUAUUCCCACAUAUGCCAUGUGCUUAUCUGAGCAUCGAUGCCAUGGAUGUAGCAGGAGAACAGCAGCUGGAUGUGGAGCACAACCUUUUUAAGCAGAGACUGGACAAAGAUGGCAAACCGGUCACCAAUGAAGCAGAGAAGCAUGAUUUGGGCAAAGAGGAGGGUGAGAUUUUUGACCCUAGUAAGCUGGAUCCAGAUCGUUGUGAGAGCUGCUAUGGAGCAGAGACUGAUACUUUGAAGUGCUGUAACACAUGUGAUGAUGUGCGCGAGGCAUACCGUCGCCGUGGCUGGGCUUUCAAAACACCUGACACCAUUGAGCAGUGCAAGAGAGAGGGCUUCAGUCAGAAGAUGCAAGAACAAAAGAAUGAAGGUUGCCAGGUCUAUGGCUUCCUUGAGGUCAAUAAGGUGGCUGGUAACUUCCACUUUGCCCCUGGAAAGAGUUUUCAGCAGUCUCAUGUUCAUGUUCAUGCUGUGGAAAUUCAUGAUUUGCAGAGUUAUGGACUAGAUAAUAUCAACAUGACCCAUUUGAUUAAACAUCUCUCAUUUGGAAAAGAUUAUCCGGGAAUUGUCAACCCAUUAGAUGGAACUAAUGUGGCAGCAGCACAAGCCUCCAUGAUGUACCAGUACUUCGUGAAAAUAGUUCCAACUAUUUACGUUAAAGGCGACGGGGAGGUGGUGAAAACAAACCAAUUUUCAGUGACCAGACAUGAAAAAAUUGCCAAUGGACUAAUUGGAGAUCAGGGUCUGCCUGGUGUAUUUGUGCUGUAUGAGCUCUCACCCAUGAUGGUCAAAUUCACAGAAAAACAGCGGUCAUUUACUCACUUUCUAACAGGAGUAUGCGCUAUUAUAGGUGGAGUUUUCACAGUUGCUGGACUCAUUGAUUCUUUAAUAUACCACUCAGCAAAGGCCAUACAGAAGAAGAUUGAGUUGGGAAAAGCAUCCUAGUUGUGUAUCUGACCCUACCAUAAACUAUUGUGUGGCACCUGUGAAAGAUGCAAUGUUCUGUCUGUGUCUGUGUCUGUGUGUCUGUGUUUGUGUAUUUGGCCAAGAUGAACACUUUCUUGACAUGUGGCCUGGAAACCUCCCCAAGGCUUUAACGAAGAAACCAACUAACUGGAUUUGAAAAGUAACCAAACACCUCAGAUGAUGUUCAGACACAAAUUGUACAUUUAAUUUAAUGAUUAAUGAUUUAAUUUACUACACAAUCCACAACGCAUUCCUGUCCUGUGCUCUAACCACCCCAACUGUAUGCUCUGUAGUUACUAGCUGAGCUACUGUAUAGCUCACGACAAUAUAAUUGGAUUUCUUUCUAGAACUUUGAAUGAAACUUUUUAUCUUUAGUACACCACUACAUAAGAUUCACUACAUAAGGUGAAUGGGGUAAGGCUCCAGCAAAGCUUUCACUGUCAUCUCUCAUACUUGAGAUUACUGAAAGAUUUUUUUCCCCAUAAAACAGCACUAAGACUGUACUAACAAUGCAAGAAAGUCCUCCAGUGAUGUUAGCAUGAUAGUCAACUGAAAGCAUAAAAAAUUGACACCAGAAUCACAAAGCAUAUAACAAGUAUUUCAAUGCAAACAUAUUUAACACAUUUUGGGGAAGGUGUUUUAUGUACUGAAAUUUCAGAACUAGCUCAAGGAACUGUUGUGGUUUGAGGUGCAAAAGAUCAUGUGGAUUCAUUUGGAUUGACAUUUAUUUUAAAAUGUCAAUUUUUACAAAAAUAAGUUGAUGGUAGAGUUUUGUGAUAACUAAAUCAAAUUCUUAAAUAAAAAUAUCAAAUCCA